UACGCCUGUCGUUGAGGCUUUCAUGUUCCCUCCUGAUGUCGUCGCCUUUCUCGCUGGUCCAGUGCUCUUGCCACGGGCACCUGUGCGAACGGCCCACGGCAGCGGUUCGGACUCUGACUCCCAAUAUGGGAGGAGCGAUUAUUUGUACGGCGUCUAUCCGGUGCUGUUGGCCCUGCGUGCACAGAAGCGAAAGUUCAAGCGCUUGUGGGUCCUCCGUUCUUCUGGGGGCCCCAGCACUUUGGAAAAGAAAGAUUACAAGGCACGCUUGGAAAUCUUGCAGCGCAGCGAAGCCUUGGGCAUCCCGACGGUGAUGGACAUUCCCAAGAAGUCCAUCCUGGACCACUACUCUGGUGGUCGACCCCAUCAAGGGCUGGUUCUGAAAUGCUCCCUGCCCUUCGUGCAGAAGCUUCAGGAGCUCCCGGUGCCUGGGCGUGGAGCAAUAUGGUUGGCUUUGGAGGGCAUCACUGAUCCGAUGAAUUUGGGAUCCCUCCUCCGUUCUGCCGCUUUCUUCGGGGUGGAAGGUGUGAUUUGUGAGCAUGGAUGUGCAAAAUACAGCGCUGUGGCCGCCAAAGCAUCGGCUGGCGCUGGAGAAAUGGUCCAGCUGCUGAGGGUCAGUAAGCUGCAAUCCCUGCUGCCGAGGGCCAAAGAACAGGGAUGGUGUGUUGUUGGUGCGGCCUUGCCAGACCCAGAGAUUGAUGUGGACUUCAGCACUUUGGAUGAAUGGCUCCCUCAGUGCGAUCAGCUGGAGCGCUGGCACUCCAGUUGUUUAAAUCGACAGUGAGGAAGGUGUUCUGCUGCUGUUGGGUCCCGAGGGCCCAGGUCUUCGCCGACGGUUGAAGCAGCUUUGCGAUCGGCUGGUGGGCAUCAGCAGAGUUGGUGACAGCGGAGAUGGCCUUGACUCCUUGAAUGCUGGCGUGGCAGCAGGGGUGCUGCUGCACGGUGUCCGACAAGCUUUGGGACCCCCGCGGCCGGCGCCGGCGAAGGUGUAAGGUCAAGAAAAGCUCGCAAGCAUCUAUGGCAGAGGAAACAGAUCGUUGCAUUGGAUUGCAGGGCCGAAAGAGCUACGCGUGCCGCGUAUAGUUCAGCUAGCUAUGAACUUGUACAAAUGGUUGAUGCUUGAAGCAGAUGGAGGCAGUCCUCCUGACACAGCAGAACCA